AUGUAUAUAGAAGCUGCAGAGAGAAGAACUCGAGAAGACUGGGGAACUGGAGGUCCAGAUCCAAUGAGUGAUUGCAGAAUCACGUGGACUGGGAAGGAAAAGAUAAGGUCCAAGACCAUCUGGUCCAUUUCUGGAUAUGUGUUGUAUCAUACUUCUUGGGCCAGAGCACUGAGCUUAAUUUUCGGCCCAAUAGUACUGGACUCAAUUGUCGGCCCAAUAAAAACACGUAAUGGCAACAGAGCAAUUCCGGAACUCGGAACUCUCGAAGCGGCCAUCAGUAGAGUUUCUUCUUCAGCCUCGAAGAAGAUGUUAGAAUCCUUAUCUCUCCCGCCACAAAAUGCCCUCAAAAGAGGCAAUCAUGGUUCUUCUGUGGGAGAAUUUAGAGCAAAUCCCGACCGGACACUACCCAAAUCCGUGAAAUUACACAGAGUUCCCUCGAGAACCAAGUAUGUACCGACGAGGUCUCUUUCCAUCACCGGAAAUGGCGGAGUUACAAAAAGCCUGCGCGGGGUUGGUAGCAGAGACGGCGUGAUUAUCGUGGACCAUGGAUCGCGCCGUCGGGAAUCUAAUCUCUUGCUAAAUGAAUUCGUGGCCAUGUUUAGAGAGAGAUCUGGGUACCCUAUAGUAGAGCCCGCACACAUGGAGUUGGCAGAACCAUCAAUAAAAGAUGCUUUUGGUUUGUGUGUUCAACAAGGGGCGCAACGUGUGAUUGUAAGCCCAUUCUUUCUUUUUCCUGGACGACACUGGAACCAGGAUAUACCUUCAUUAACGGCUGAAGCUGCAAAGGAGCAUCCUGAUGUGGCAUAUAUCGUAACGGCACCUCUUGGCCUUCAUGAGCUCCUUGUGGAUGUCAUGAAUGACAGGAUAGAGCAUUGCUUACGCCAUGCACAAGGCGAUGCAGAUGAGUGUGCAGUGUGUGCUGGAACGGGAAAAUGUAGGCUCUAUUGAUUUAUCUAUUGAUUUACACAAGUGCAAAUUGAUAUUCAGUGAGGUUGCCUGGAUUGAUGCGUUUUGCACUUGGCUGUUUUUAUCACCCGACACAGAAGGUCAAAAUGCAGAUGUUGUCAACCUCAAAGGAGGAUGCUAGUGUCUAUUUUUUCUCUGUUUUUUGCUUUAAGAAUUAACAGAAGGAAAUAAGUGAAAACCAGCAGUACCAAGGUCAGCUGAAAUUGAAGCUUUGACGUGCUAGUCUUGCUGAAUGUCUCUUAUCAAUCUCUAUCUUCAGAAGUGUGGCUUGUUUUCUGUUGCUUAAGAAGUAAGGAGUGGAUAAGAUAAAUUUAGCGCAUGUGGAAGUGGAAGGGUGCUAUAUGAAUAGUGGGAAUGUGUCUUGAGCUUCGCUUUUUUAAAAGUAAGAUCAGAACUUCCAAACCAAAAGUCAAGUUGAGCUGUGAAAUGAUCAAAUGAAUGUGUGUUUCUUUUAGGUGAA